AUGCCACCGAGCAGCAAUUUCUACAAAAGGGAUAAAAGUGUUUGUAGACCUGGACUCCCCAUUCCGGACCCCUCAGGAUAUUAUUAUCAGGACGUGUGGCAGUCUCGUGUGUGCAGGAACAGACGCUCACUUCUCCACGACGUCACCUCCUGUCUGAAGGGAAAGGUUGUCUACAUGUUUGGAGAUUCAACUAUUCGUCAAUGGUGGUUCUACCUUGUGAAGUUUAUCCCAUCUCUACAGACGGUGGACCGUAAUGUCAGCUAUGACCCUGGAGUCCUGCUGGCCUUGGAUACUGAUCAUGGCUAUCUAAUACAAUGGCGAGUACACCAAAGACCACUUACCAUGCAUCGUAUGCGUUUACAGGAGCUGCACUACAUCGCCAAUGAGCUGGAUAACAUUGGAGGGGGGGACAAUGACCUGGUGAUUGUCAUAAACUGCAUGGCGCACUUUGCCUCAUUCCCGGUAAAAUUUUAUUUGCAGAGGAUAAGAAAUAUCCGUAAUGCUGUUGUCCGGUUAUUGAAGCGAAGCCCCCAGACCAAGGUCAUCAUCAAAUCCGGGAACACCGGCUUCCUCUAUGAACAUGGCAGUGACUGGCUGUCCUUCCAGCUGGACACACUGAUGAGGGCCGUCUUCUCAGGACUUCCAGUUGCAUUAAUAGAUGCCUGGCAGAUGACCUCCUGCCAUUACCUGCCCAAAUACCUUCACCCUAAGGAAAUCAUAAUCAAGAAUAUGGUGGACUCGAUGCUCUCCUACAUUUGUCCAGAAUAG